AUUUCUAUUUUCUAUUCAUGAAUAAGAUGAUACCCACAAAGCAAAGCUAACUCGGCUUUAAAUCCACUCUAUCUCUUGAAGCAUUCAAUUAUUCAAAUAAUUGGAGUACAAUGCAUACAACGAAAGGUACAACACCCAAAGCACUGCAAAUCAAAUUGCAGUCGGAAGCUACCCAUAGCAACAAUGGAGUUGGUGAAUCAUCGUUUAGGGUAUUGUACUAUGGGACUGCAUCAGCAGGAUCUGUGCCGUUCAUGUGGGAGUCGCAGCCAGGAACUCCAAAACACGCACUCACUGAAUCAUCUCUCCCUCCUCUCACACCUCCCCCUUCGUACAACCAAUUCACCCAAAAGUACAACUCAUCAAUGCAGAUGAUUAACCACUCUCCAAAGACUUCCAGUUUUCUUCGAGCCAUUUUUCUUUCUUCUUCCCGGAAAAGGAACAUGAAGGUGGCGCCUCCUUCUUCAUUUUCUACUUGCUCGGUUUCCUCUUCGUCCUGCUCCUCGUCACAGUCAACGCCGAUGAGGAAGACGGAUGGGUGGCGGAGGACGUCGGUGGUGAAGUUUGGAUUGGAGGAGGAUAUUGCGAGUGGUGCUGGUUCAGAUUCACCAACGUCGACGCUGUGCUUCGGCGGUGGGUUGAAGAAAGGUUAUAAGAUUAAGAAAGUUAAGAAAGCAAUGCUGUCUUUUGUACGUCAUGGUACCUCCUUAGCUAGGGGAAAGGAGCCGGCGCGGUAGCAGCAUGUCACACACACACUCUCUGGUUUCCGCAUUUACGAGCUUCACUGGGAUAUGUACUCUGAUAUUUUGAUUGGUUGUAUGAUUUGGCUUUUAGACAUGGUUCACGUUGUGUUA